AUGAAUCCCGACGACUACGAUUUGAGUACAUCGGAUGGCUGCAGACGGGCCUUGACUCGAGCCUUGUUCGAUGCCGUUAAUGAAGCCAAGGCGGAAUGCUUGGCACAAAUGCAGCGGGAGCAGGCGGCGGAGGCGCGGGUCCCUCGCCCGAUACGACGUCGGACGUUUGUCCCCGGCGAGCAUGACGUAGCGCACGAACGUCUGUUCGCAAAUUAUUUUGCCGAGAAUCCAAGGUGGGGCCCGAAUGUUUUUCACCGCCGUUUUAGAAUGAGCCGAGAUCUUUUUCUCCGCAUUGUGCACACGUUGGAGGGACGUGAUGAGUACUUCCAGUAUCGGGAAGACGGGAUCGGCAGACCCGGACUUAUGCCGUUGCAGAAGUGCACGGUUGCGAUCCGCCAGUUGGCCUACGGCACAACAGCGGAUAUGUUCGACGAGUACCUUAACGUCGGGGAUACAACUGGCCGCGAAUGUCUCAAGACUUUUUGGGUCGCGGUCCGGCCAUUCGAGUUCACUGUCAACGGCCGCACACAUCAUAUGGGGUACUACUUGGCCGAUGGCAUACACCCUAGGUGUCCUGUUUUUUUGAAGACGAUCACCUGCCCAAUUGGUAGAGGAAAGUCUUGUUUGCGGCAAAGCAGGAGUCCGCGCGGAAGGAUAUGGAGCGGGCAUUUGGGAGUGCUCCAAUCGCGGUGGGCAAUCGUGAAAGGUCCGGUGCGUUUCUGGUACAAGGACGUCAUCGCCGACGUCAUGUAUGCGUGCAUCAUCAUGCAUAACAUGAUAGUCGAACAAGAACGUGGCCAUGUCACUAAUUGGGUGGAUGAUGAAGCCGGAUCUAGCUCCAGCACGGCGACCUCGCCGGUCACUCGAGGAUUACCGACUGGCUUCGGUGCGGUUCUACAGCGACAGGCCUCAAUGCGCAACCAACAAGACCAUACUCAGCUCAUGACCGACAUGAUUGAAGAAGUUUGGACCCGCAACCGCCGCCGUUGA